CAGCGCAGGGAGACACGGGGACGGCCACGUGUGGCUCGGAUGGGUCGCGUGCACGAUGAGUACACGCCUCUGAGCGCGCGCGCGCGUGUGUGUGGGGAGCGGUGGUGCAGUGGUUAGCGAGCUGCGCUACGAACUUGGCCACCCAUGCUCGUGACCAACACCGGUGACGAUUAUCCGAACCGGUUCUGGGCCUCCCUUAGGUCGACUCAUCCUCAAAUGAGUACCUGCUGCGCUGUGUAAACAUCGCCGCUAGGGAGACAAAGAAGGUCGGGCGUGGUGCUGACCACCUGCCCCCUUGGUUCUGGCCUGCAUAGGUGCUCGCUAACAGAACUUUCCCCAACAGUCUGUGAAGGCUCCAUGUGGAAUGUUUGUCUUUGUUUUGCCUGUCUGUUCUACUCUUUAAGUGUUCCAUUAACCAACUCAAGACCUCGGAUGUCCCCCUGUGGGGUCACGCCGCCGUCGCCAUCCCAGAAUCUCAGCCAGAUCCGAAAGGACGCUGACGAGCAGUGGAAGAGCGCAGAUAUCGAGAAUGAACACCUCGUAUGAGACCCCACACAGCGCAACCUCCUGGCUCUGGCACUCCUCGUGGAACCAUCAGUCGCAUCAGGACAUCAACAGGCUGCGGCGCACAUCGCCUUCCAAGGCCGUAGCCAUGGAGUCAACUUUGGGGGGGGGGACCAAAUCUUCCAGGGGUGUCUGGGGGUCCCCCCCCCCCCAGAAAAAAAUCUAAAUUUUUAAAUGAAUUUCCUGGUAUUUCCUGCCUAAACUUUUUUUAAAUUCACGAACACAUAGGAUUGACUUUGUGUUUAUUUUUAACAAUAAUGUCUAAUAGUGCAUUGUAUUACAUUGCUCUGGUUUUUUUUACCAUUUCUUGUUUCAUUGUAUGUAAUGGCAGAGAUGAGGGAUUUAUCAAGUACAACCAUAACCACAAUCAUAUAAACAGAAAUCUAUUUUAGAGCAAUAUAUUUGGGGAGACAUUUUGAGCAUAUUUUAAUAUAUAUUAUAAUUACGGCCUUGUCGCCUUCAUUCAUGGAAAAUGAAAGGCACGGCACAGCGGAGUGACUGGCCAUGCAGCCAUAGCUAUGAACUAAACUCUGUAGUAAACCCGUGGAGACCUAUCAAUAUGCCUUUAGACCCACAGAAGCGCAUAGAGGCCCUUGAAGAUUCACAGAUACCCAUCGAAACACGUUACAAACAAGCCGCAGCAUUGCGACUGCGGCCAUGCAAGCCACACUGGACCCGCACAGUAAACCCCUCCGCGGUCCGCACUCCGUCAACGGAGGAGGAGGAGGAACAGCGACACGAACUCUCUGUCUGCUGAAGCCCUCUCGUCGUGGCGAGUAGCAGACCUCGACAUUGCCAUCGAGCUCCUGGACACACUGCCCCAAGCAAGAAUAGAAAGAUGUGUUCACCGUGGAGGACGCCGUGGAGGCCAUCGGCUUCGGCAAGUUCCAGUGGAAGCUGUCCAUGGUCACCGGCCUGGCCUGGAUGGCGGACGCGAUGGAGAUGAUGAUUCUCUCCAUCCUGGCGCCGCAGCUGCACUGCGAGUGGCAGCUGCAGACCUGGCAGGUGGCGCUCAUCACGUCGGUGGUGUUCAUCGGGAUGAUGCUGAGCUCGUCGCUGUGGGGGAACUUCGCGGACCAGUACGGCCGCAAAAUGGGCCUGAAGCUGAGCGUGCUGUGGGCCCUCUACUACGGGAUACUGAGCGCGCUGGCGCCCGUCUACGGCUGGAUCCUGCUGCUGCGCGGCCUCGUCGGCUUCGGCAUCGGAGGGAUUCCUCAGUCGGUCACGCUGUACGCAGAGUUUCUCCCCAUGAAGGCACGGGCCAAGUGCAUCGUCCUCAUCGAGAUCUUCUGGGCCUUGGGCGCGGUGGCCGAGGUGCUGCUGGCGAUCGUGGUGAUGCCGACGCUGGGCUGGCGCUGGCUGCUGGGCCUCUCCGCCAUCCCUCUCGUCGUCUUUGCCGUCUUCUCCUUCUGGCUGCCGGAGAGUGCACGCUACGACGUGCUGACGGGAAACGCGGAGCAGGCUCACGCGACGCUCAAGCGCAUCGCCACCGAGAACGGGGUGCCCAUGCCCCUCGGCAAACUCACCUCGUCGCAGCAGGAGAAGAGGGGGCGGUUCCAGGACCUCUUCACGCCACAGCUCAGAGUCACCACCCUGCUUCUGUGGUUUAUCUGGUUCUGCAACGCGUUCUCCUACUACGGCCUGGUGCUGCUCACCACGGAGCUCUUGCAAGCCGGCGAUGUCUGCCGCGCGCGCGCGGAGGGCGACGCGGUGACUCCGCGCUGUAGCCUCGAGUGUAAAUACCUGAGCAACGACGACUACCUGGACCUGCUGUGGACAACGCUUGCCGAGUUCCCCGGUAUUCUCGUCACGCUCUGGUUCAUCGAUCUGAUCGGCCGCAGGAAGACCAUGGCGCUGUCGUUCUUCGUCUUCUCAUUCUUCGUCUUCUUGCUCUUCACCUGCGUGAGCAGGACCGCGCUCAUGGUCUUCAUCUUCAUCGCGAGGGCCUUCAUCUCGGGCGGAUUCCAAGCCGCCUUCGUCUACACUCCCGAGGUUUACCCGACCACGUCGCGGGCGCUGGGCCUGGGCACGUGCAGCGGCCUGGCGCGCGUGGGCGCCCUCGUGACGCCCUUCAUCGCACAGGUGAUGCUGGCGAAGUCGGUCUACCUGUCGGUGUCGGUGUACGGCACCGUGUGCCUCCUGGCCACGGUGGCGUCGCUGCUGCUCCCCAUCGAGACCAAGGGCCGGGGCCUGGUGGACGCGGCGGGGCCGGGGCCCUGGGGCCAGGAGAUGGAGGGCCGCGUGACCGGCGACGGCUCUCCCAGCGCCGCCUCCGACUGAUCGCGCCGCCCGGCUCGUCGGAGCCGCCGGGGGUUACCGGGGCCGCCGGGCAACGGCGCGGGAGCGGUGGCCCGCCACGGCGCCGUCUUCGCGCGGCAUCGUGCCGAGCGGUCUCGGCUCGUUCGCUCGGCGUCGAUGGCCGGCGAGCGCCGGUGGAGCGCGGCAGGCGGGGAGCGAUCGACCCCCGCCCCCCCCGUGUACAGCGUGAACUGGGUCGUGCCUUUACCUCCCCCAUCCCACCCCGUGAGCCCCCCCCCCUACCCCUCGUGACCCCCCACAACGACCCUGCCUGUGCGUGCGGCUUACGGUGACGCCGUCCCCUUCGAGUCGAGGUGAAUGUGGUUGUGUUGAACGCGGGGCUGGGGUCGUGGCUGUGGCCGGAGCGGGGUUUGGGUUUCCGCUGUUGGCGGCGGUGGUGGUGCCGGCUCCCCGUGCCGCGGUGCGGUGCACAGCCGGUCGCUGGCCGCAGCAGCCGGAGUUCACGCUGGAGCCGCUCUCACCCAAGUUCGACUCCAGGUUCACUCAUCGUGCGGCACCCAGCACCAGCCACUUGUGACAUCGUCCUCUGGGCUGGAGAGUGGUUGAUGUGGGUGGUUGGUGGGAAUGUGGUUGGUGGAGGUGGUUAUUUGGGUGGUUGGUGGGAAGGUGGUUGAUGUGGGUGGUUGGUGGGAAUGUGGUUGGUGGACUGGGUUGUUUGGGUGGUUGGUGGGGGGAGGUGCCUCACCGUUGAGUAUUAAGAUCAUGCUGAGCACGCAUUCAAUUAAUUAACUCGUUUUCAGUUUCAUUCGAGCCAUGCCUGCCAAGGUGGGAUUGCGCCACUCCCAGCCACUCUCAUCCUUUCCCAAACGCUCUCUUUCACCAGCCACUCUGUCACUUCUUACCACAAACGGCCACUUCCAGUAUUUGCGAGUCACUGCCAGACAUUUCUCAGCCACUCAGAGCUGCUCACAACCACUGCCAGUAACUCCCCAAGUCCACUGUAAGCCCCUGUCACCCACCUUUUGAGCCACAACCUCUUCCACAGACCCCCGAACAAAUUCUCAGUCGGUCUAGAGCCCUCAGAGCUGCGGUCGACUCUGAGCCCAGACUUCAGGGCGUGUGGGCUCUGUUGAUCCCCCGUCACCCGAACACCGACGCCAAUUCCCGGACCGUCUGCUCGCGUCACACUCUGACAGGUGGCAAAGCCCACGCCCUCUCCACCCGCCCGCCCCUCAACCGUCUCCCCUCGCCACCCCAAGCCCCUUUGCCCUCCUCGCUCAUAACGAGACCCCCACGGCUCCCUCCGCCCUGGCGUGGAUGAAGCUGCCACCCCCCCCCCAUACCCCCAGCAGUGUCGUUAGGUGGAGAAGCGGAAGCGGUUUUUGUGUUUUUGUCAAACGGGGCCAAAACGCGACAAAACGGUGGCUGGGGGGGCCAGCCGUGAGCGAGCCUGGCCAUGUGAUCGUUUAGCUAUAAAUACAUACAGUACAUAUACAUAUAUACAUGGAGCCGUGUAAUACUGAUGAUGAUGCUGCUGAUGAUGAUAAUGAUGAUGCUGAUAAUACUGUGACGCUGCCACUGCUGUGAUGACUCAUGUGCUGCUGCUGCUGCUGCUCCGUGUUGGUGGCGUGAGUCUCGGCUAGAGCUGUAGGUGUCUCGUGCCCGCUGCGUGUGCGUGUUCUUACGGAGGUGGAGCCCUUCCAAUAAAUCUGGCGCGCGUCCUCGUGGCUCCGUGAGUGGCUUUGGCAUCGUCAUCACUGACAUCAU